GUGUGUAUUGUUGUACAGAAUGCACUUCGCAACCAGCUGUAUUUCCGGUUCCAUCAACCCUGCAGGCCGCUGCAGCUUCCCGAAGCCUGUCAAGGCUGCGAAGUAGGAUCGGUGGAGCAUUCGCACGAUAGGGACGGAGGAAAGGAUUCUAGACAUCUACGCCGAUGGACUCUCGGAGAAAGCGAGUGUACACGCCUUCCCGCCGGAAUGGUCGAGGGCGAGGCCGGCUGUGCACCUUGGGGGGGGUGGUUUUUCGAAACGGUUUCAUUUUCUCUGUUUCCUACGGUUACAGUGACUCCCGCAGCACCGGCUACAUGCUUGAUACGCAAACAGGAAACACGAAGGAUGACAAAGUACACGCCAGAGUUUAGACCGACAGGAACAGCCGGCGCUUGUAUCAAAUCCAUGACACACCGAUCCAUCUGUCCGAAGAUUCUCCCUCAGUCACCGCAUCUCGAGCCUCCGUACACAAAACAGCGAAGAGUACCUAGUGAUACAAUGCCCUCUCCGUUUCGUAUAUGUAUGACGCGCACAACACUACUCUAUUGAGAGCUACGCGAGACAUGCAUCAAAGGUAUGCAGGAAAAGCAAAAAGCAUAAUCCGACACUCA